GUCGCCACCCGCAUCCACUCGGUGAAGACGCCGCGCAGCCCGCCGCCGCCGCCGCCGACCACCGCCAGCGCGCGCCGCCGCAGCGGCGUCUGGGCGGCCUCUGGGCCCGCGGCCGCGCUGGCGUCGGCGCCGUUGCUGGCCACGUACAGCCGCAGCGCGUGCGCGACGACGCCGCGGUCGAAGCGCACCGGAUGCAGCACGUGGUCGAGGAACACGCGCGCGACCUCGGCGGCCGCCAGCGACGCGUCGCCGGCGUCGAUGCGGCGGUCGAGGUCGUCGAUCUCCGGCGCCUGCGCCGAGGGCUGCAGCGCAGGCGGCGGCGGCAAGGCCGCGAACCAGCGCUCGCCCAGCAGCGCCGCGCCGUCCAGCGAGAACCGCGUGUGCGUGGCCACGGCGUCGCCCGCGCGGUCCCACAGCGCCCACAGCGUCCACUGGCCAAAGUCCUCGGCCAGCAGCUGCGCGUCCACCAGCCCGUCGUCGGCCAUCAGCGCGCUGGCGCCGUUGGCCGCGCGGCACAUCUUGCGCAGCACCGUGCGCGCGCCGCUGCCGUGGGCGUCCGCUGCGAGCACGGCAAAGUACGGCGACGCGUCGUCCGGCACAAACACCACGAUGCACAGCCCGUGGGCGGCCUGCUGGAUGCGCACGCAGGCGCCCGUGGCGAGCAGAGGCUCGGCCGCGUCGUCGCGCGGGAUCUCGGCGCCGUCCGCGUCCAGCUGCGGCAUGGGCUCGUCCAGCACGCAGCUGCCGGCCCGCGUCCACAGCCGCAGCCGCCGGUCGCGGCCCAGCGUCGCCGCCACGCCGUCGCAGACAUCCAGCGCCACAGGGCUGCGCAGCCGCGCGUCGCGGCGCAGAAGAAACGCUGCGACCCGCGGGAGGAUCGCUGCGCUGCCGCCCGUGCACAGCCGCUCGCUGACUGCGCCGUCCGCGUGCCACUCCAGCCACGCCACUGCGCCGUCGUCGAAUGCCACAGCAAUGGCAUUGCGCCCGGAGCCGGCCACCGCCGUGGGCUCGGCUGCGUGCCGCAGGCUAUGCCACUGCGUGCAAUGCCCGACAUCCUGCGUCCGUGCGAUCUCCCACGCCGACGCGAACCGCAGCCGGUACACGGUUCCGCCACGCACGCACACAAACACACUGACUGCGCCAUCUGCGCUGUCCGCCACGGCCGCGGGCCCCACAAGGUCCGCGUCAAACCUCCAGCUGGUCACCUCGCCCUCGCCCUCGGUGCUCCUCUGCUCAUCCACCCAGCGCAGCGUCCGAAGCUCCAGAGUGCGCUUGUCCCCGAGGAUGCGCCACACUAUGCAGGUGUCUGGGGAGGAUCGCAGAGUGUACAGGGAGCUGAGAACUUUGCCGUCGAGGUGUCGAGAGACCCGCUGGUGCUCGCUUUCGUCUGGAAGGAGUGCGCCGCUGGGGGUGCCUGCUGAGGGCACGCUGUGCAGUGCCCAUGCGCGAGUGUAUGGGUACAGGUUGUCCAGGUGCAGCGUGGAUGCCUGGAGCAUUUCCAGCUGCGAAAGAGAGGUGUCCUCCGAUGGGACGUCGUGUGUCGGAGCAAGAGCUGGAGAAAUACUCAUGCUGUCUGUGAAUUAAUGUCUUUGAAUAAUGUGUAUGUAUGUAUGUGUGUGUGUGUGUGUGUGUGUGUGUUUGUGUGUGUGUGUUUGUGUGUGUUUGUAUAUAUAUAUAUAUAUGAAUUUAAUAGUGAACAUAAAUGAG